AUGGUGGUUUCGGCGGUGGCGAUUGCCGGCGGAGAUGGUGGAGGUGGGAUCAGGGCGAAAUCAAAGAAAAUCUUCCAGAAACCAAACAACUUUCAGUUGAUUGGUUUUUGUCCUACAAUGGAAGCCAAAUUCUUUCGCUUUCUUAAGAUUGUGGGAGUUGGUUUCAAAGCCAGAGCAGAAGCAGAAGGUCGUCUCUUGUACCUUAAACUUGGUUAUAGCCAUGAGGUCGAACUUACUGUACCUCCAGCAGUUCGUGUGUUCUGCUUCAAAAACAACGUAGUCUGCUGCACUGGGAUUGACAAGGAAAGGGUGCAUCAAUUUGCCGCUGCUGUCCGUAAUUGCAAGCCUCCUGAAGUUUACAAAGGAAAAGGUAUAAUGUACAUUGAUGAAGUUAUAAAGAAAAAGGAGGGAAAGAGAUCAAAAUAA